GUGGGGCCGUCAUGGCGGGAAGCGAAGAGGAUUCACGGUACUCGCGGCAGCUGUAUGUGCUGGGCGGCGGCGCGCGGCGGCUGCCCGGGUCGGCGGUGCUCGUGUCGGGGCUGCGCGGGACCGGAGCACAGGUGGCGACGGCGCUGGUGCUGGCGGGGACCGGGCGCGUCGUCCUGCACGACUGCGGUGCCGCCUGCACGGCCGACCGCACCCACCAGUUCCUCCUGGAAGAGAGUGAUCUAGGCCAGAACCGUGCCAAGGCAUCCCAGCGGGCCCUGGCUGAGCUGAACCCCCGUGUGGUGGUCGAGUCUCACUCCGGGGAGCUGUCGGAGGCCUUCCUUUCCUCCUUCCAGGUGGUGGUGCUGACUGAGUCCCCGCUGGAGGAGCAGCUCCGCAUCGGGGACUUCUGCCAUGCCCAGGGCAUCUGCUUCAUCGUGGCUGACACCAAGGGGCUGGCAGGACAGCUGUUCUGUGACUUCGGGGAGCGCUUUGUCGUUGAUGACCCAGCAGAAGGGGAUCCAGUGUCUGCUGCUGUGGAGCACAUCUCCCAGGGCAACCCAGGAGUGGUGACAUACAUGGGGACAGAGAACAGCCAUGGCCACCUCUUCCAUGAUGGUGACGUGGUGACGUUUUCUGGCGUGCAGGGGAUGACAGAGCUGAACGGCCAGGAGCCUGUCCCUGUGCGUGUGCUCGAUACCUUCAGGCUGGAGAUCAGUGACACCAGCUCCUUCUCGCCCUACCGCUGUGGGGGUCUGGUUUCACAGGUGCAGCAGCCCCAGGAGUGUUCCCAUAAGCCCCUGAGCCAGGCACUGGAGGAGCCCAAAAUCCAGGUGGCAAAUCCCGAGGAUCUGCCACGCAGCUGCAGCCUGCACGCCGCCUUCCGGGCCCUCCACGCUUUCCGCAGGGAGCGGGGCCGCCUGCCGCGGCCCAGGGCACCCGCGGAUGCCGAGCGGGUGCUGGAGCUGGCGCGGAGCCUGGGAGCACAGCGGGAUCCCCUGGAUGAGGACAUCGUGCACGCCUUCGCCAGCGUGAGCGCGGGGGACCUGUGCCCCGUGGCCGCCGUGGUCGGGGCACUGGCAGCCCAGGAGGUGCUGAAGGCCAUCACGGGGAAGUUCGUGCCCCUGGAGCAGUGGUUGUACUUCGAUGCCCUGGAGUGCCUGGCGCUGGCGGGGGCUGCGCAGCUGACAGAGACGGACUGUGCCCCGAGAGGCUCUCGCUACGAUGGCCAAAUUGCCGUCUUCGGGGCCAAUUUCCAGGAGAAGCUGGGUCGCCAGAAGUACCUGGUGGUGGGAGCUGGUGCCAUCGGCUGCGAGCUGCUGAAAAACUUUGCCAUGAUGGGGCUGGCAGCAGGGCCGGAUGGGGAGCUCAUCGUCACUGACAUGGACACUGUUGCCCUCUCCAACCUCCAUCAGCAGCUUCUCUAUCGCUCAGCAGAUAUAUCAGAGCCCAAGUCGGUGGUGGCCGCAGCAGCCGUGCAGCACAUGAACCCUGAUGUCAGAGUGACAGCUCACCAGAACCAGGUGGGACCUGCUACCGAGACGCUCUACAAGGACAGCUUCUUCCGGCACCUGGAUGGCGUUGCCAGCGCCCUGGACACGAUGGAGGCCCGCACCUACUUGGAGAGACGCUGUCUCCGCUGUCGCACACCACUGCUGGACUCGGGCACAGAGGGGACACAGGGGAACGUGAUGCCCAUGGUACCAUCCCUGACCGAGCCUCUAGCACCAGCCAGCACCCCCAGGGAUGGCACCUUCCCCAUGUGUACCCUGCGGCACUUCCCCCGCACCAUCCAGCACACACUGCAGUGGGCCCACGAUGAGUUUGAGGGGCUUUUCCAGCUACCUGCAGAACAAGUCAACCAGUUCAUGGAGGACCCAGCUUUCCUGGAGCAGCAGCUGCCUGGGAAGGUCCUGGAGCAGGUGUGGGAGAGCCUGCGGGAGCGGCCGCGGGACUGGCAGGACUGUGUGUGCUGGGCACGGCGGCGCUGGCAGCACUGCUACCACGAUGCCAUCACUCAGCUGCUGCACAUCUACCCCCCGGAGCAUGAAACCAGCCCAGGUGUCCCCUUCUGGGCAGGGGACAGGAGCUGUCCCCAUCCACUGAUAUUCAACCCUGACAAUGACACCCACCUGGAUUAUGUCCUGGCUGCUGCCCACCUCUUUGCCCAAGUACAUGGGGUGCCACCAUGCAGGGACCGGGCGGCCAUCCAGGCCAUCCUCCGUGAUGUGGUCCUGCCACCUUUUGCACCCCAGGAAGGGCUCCAGAUUCCCCUCACAGAGGAACCCACAGACGAGGCACAAGUUCCCACAGCAGUGCCACAGAGCAGAAGUAUUGUGCCAGGCAUCCCUGUGCCCCCAGAUCACAGGCAGCUGACAGAGCUUACCCAGGACCUGGUGCAGUGGAGACAGGAGCUGGUGGGGGAUGAGGACACACAAGCACCCUUGAUGGAGCCCAUCCACUUUGAGAAGGACGACGAUGUCCACAUAGACUUUAUCACAGCAGCAUCCAACCUGCGUGCAGAGAACUAUGGCAUCUCCCCUGCCAACUGGCUGACGAGCAAGCGAAUUGCUGGGAAGAUCGUGCCCGCCAUCAUCACCACCACAGCAGCCGUGGCCGGGCUGGCGUGCCUGGAGGUCUACAAGCUGGUUUGGGGCUGCCAGGACCUCAGCUGCUACCGCAACAGCAACAUCAACCUGUCUACCUGCCUGAUGCUCCGUGUGCAGCCCCCGCCAGCCCCCACCUACCGGUACGGCGGGCAGGAGUGGAGCUGCUGGAACCGGCUGGAGAUGCGGGCAGUCGGUGCAGAUGGGCAGGCCAUGACGGUGCAGGAGGUGCUGGACUGGCUGCAGAGGACACAAGGCUGGACCGUGACCAUGCUCCUGUGUGGUGACAUUGUGCUCUAUGACAGCAAGGCAGAUGCAGAGACACGGGCCUGGCAGCAGGCGCAGAGGUUAUCCAAGAGUUUGGAGGAUGCCAGGAUGCUGCAGCAGCAGGACCUGGAGCUGCUGUAUAUGUGCGAGGGAGAGGAUGCUGAGGCUGAAGAUAUCCGUCCCCCUCUCCUGUGCUCCCUACCUUGAGCAAGGGGCCAACACCUCCUGCCCCAUGCCCCAUGCAAUAAAAGCUGCAGGCUGCAA